AUGAUCGUUCUUCCUAACACUCCACCGACUCCAAUACCAUGGAAGGUCAACACGCAGGUCGUGCUGGCCGAAACACAGAGUCUCAGAGCAUCGCUUUGCCCCUCUUCAAUUGCUUCUCACAGCGAGACCGUCCGCUAUGUGUCCGGGCUACAAGAAUACUUAGAAGCGCUAUUCCAGCAGUUGAACAAUGAAGUACACGAGAAGUCUAUUGCACGAUUUGCCUCCAAGGCGCUGGAUAUCACGCUCACAGGGAAAGUGCCUUGGCGCAAUGUGGAGAAGAAAGAGUCGAAGAAGUUAUUCAAGUUGAAUGGGAAGUCAGACAUUGCAUUGACUUUGGCAGCCGAGAUCCAGCUCGUGACGGUGAGCUUGGCGUUGCUGUACAUCAAAUUGGGUGCUGAGCUUGCUAAUGAACUUAUAGACUCGGACUCUGACCUGGAGCCAGAGAAGGAGAUCGAUGAAAAAUGGAAAGCGGUGGCUGUUCACUAUAAGAGGGCCACGUCUUUCAGCCUAUUUGGAAGUCAAUUCACCAUGGGAAGCACAGAUACCACAAUUGACCCUCGUUUGUUUGUUCUUGUGGAUAAAUGCAGCCAGAUUGGAAUUCAGAUGUCCAUUUUGUCCAAGUUCUCGUGGCUUAAUAGAAACUCCUACAAUCUGAGUGAAACGUUCGUUUCCAGCAACAAUAAUAUACUAUGUCGAGUUGCCAUUUUUGUUCUUGACGAGGUGACCUCUUGUAUCAAUUUAGUCCGUGAGUUGGAUUCCAACGAGUCCAAUCAUUAUAGACUUCAUUAUGAUGGCUGGAUCGACUACUUGUCUGUCGUGCGCCAGUAUGCUACUGCUUAUGCGGGCUUGUUCUUGUCAAUUGAGUACUACAAAAAGGACAGUCUUGGCCAUGCAAUUGGUCUUAUCAAUUUCUCGUUGCUCUCAUUGCAAAGCAAGAGCAUGGCAGAAAUCAAACCCUCGAAAAUGAAAAUCCUCAACAGAUUCAAAACAAAGGUUGCCAGUAAGCGAAACGAGCACUUUGUACAAAAUUUGAAUUCAGUGACGUCGCUAAGGAUAGACAAAUCUGUCUUUCUGGACCUGUCUGGGCUCGUUCUCGAGGACCUCAAACUUUUAUUUGACCAGCUAGUACAGUGCCACUUAAAAUAUACCAAAGAGAACGACAAUCUCAAGUUUGAGCCUGUGGUGGACUGGAAGGAUGUACACGGAGACUCUAGAUGGCCUUUUGGAAAUAAAAUACCCGUCUCUACAAUAGAGAUGUAUUCUCCAAAGGUUCUACUGCCACAUCAAGCUGACACGUUGAAGAAGGACUUCACUGGGCGAGGGUCGUACUUUUGA